UCUUCAGGGAAUUCAUUCAUAGGCAUUGAAAUUUUGUGAACCCAUGAGCUCUGAAGUCAUUUUUCAGGGUUUUCUCUACCUAUUUUUGUCUUUGCAUUUUAUGGAUUUUGAAGCUUGAAAGUAUCCACUGAUGCAUUUGAAAAUAUGUUAUAGAAAUGGGUGAUUUUGAUGUUAUUUUUUCUGGAUCUGAAAGAAUACCAUAGAAGCAUGUGAAUUCUAUAUGCCUUAAAUUUUCAUUCAAACAAUCCAAUGACUGGGUUACUUUCAGGUUCUAGAAGGAGAGAGAGAAAGAGCUUAAUUUCAAUGGAAAUCUCUACAGCCAAAUGGUUCUCCUCACAUGCAAUGGAGGACGCCUCCAUCGUUCAGGACUACGAAACGAGCUGCCUUGACGACCUUACCAUGGAGCACAUCGGCGCCGCUCUCUCUCAGGACCUUCACCACUCUGAUCCAUAUUCUUACAUCAACAACAAUAACACUCCCUUCUUCCACGAUCAAAGACCCACAAAGCGGUGCAAUUUUGGUUCCAAUUCCUUUCUCUCUUUCUACUCUCAAGACCCACAAAUCAACAGCAACCAUAACUCAAGUUUCAUAACCUUGAAGCCAAAAAAUGAAAUAAAAGACUCAAACUCCCCUAAAACUCCUUCAUUUAAUGGAGAAACCAUGUCUUCUACACUCAAUGGGAACCGCGUAUCUCAGAAUCCAACGGCUAAGUCGUCAUCUCACACUCAAGAUCACAUAAUUGCAGAGAGGAAGAGGAGAGAGAAGCUGAGCCAGAGGUUCAUUGCCCUUUCAGCCAUUGUUCCUGGCCUGAAAAAGAUGGACAAGGCCUCAGUCUUAGGAGAUGCCAUCAAAUACGUGACACAAUUACAAGAGAGAGUGAAGAACCUGGAGGAAGAGACCGCAAAGAAGACAGUUGAGUCUGCAGUACUAGUAAACAAGUCCCAUGUUUACUUAGAUGACUCCUCUUCCUCUUCCUCCUCCACUUCAUCUUCCUCAUCUUUAUCUGAAGACGAUAAUUCCGGCAAUGGAGUUUCAUUGCCUGAAAUCGAGGCAAGAGUUGCAGACAAGAGUGUGCUCAUCAGGAUCCAUUGCGAGAAGCGUAAGGGUAUCUUAGCUAAAGCCAUCGCUGAGGUCGAGAAGUUCCACCUAUAUGUUCUCAAUGCAAGUUUCAUGUCCUUUGCCUCCUGUGCCCUAGACCUUACUUUGGUCGCACAGAUGGAGGAGGAGUACUCCAUGACAGCCAAGGACCUGGUGAAAGCCUUGCGUUUGGCUUUGAAUGAGCCAAUGUGAGGGUUAUAGCUUCAAAAAUAAGGGAAAUAAAGGUGGUUGAAUCCCCUGAGUUAGUUACUACAGUCUAUGACGUUUCCUCUCUGUUUUGUGUCUCUAAAGCAAGGCCUUCUGUGGCGUUCCCUUGUCUUUCAACCUUGUGUUUGCUGUGAGGUUUUUUUCAUUUCAUGGGGAACCUCCUUUUUUGCAUGGCUCUAAUAGGCCGUGUUUCAAUCUCUUUUUGAGAUGGAAACCUGCAGCUUCAUUCAGGGGCUUUUUUAGGGUUAGAGUUUUCGAGACCCUUUUGAUUUGUCACUCCCCCUUUGUUGUUGUUUUAGAUGGUGGUUUUUGCUGGACUGGCCUUGCUUUUUGAGUUUGGUUUUUGGCCUUGAUUAUAUCAGGCCUUUUGGAAUGAAUUGUGUCUCUUUAAUUUUGGUUC